GUUGUAGACAAUAGCCACAGAUACAGAUUCUAACCUACAUUAUUUUAAUUUAGUAGUUCGUUCGCUAAAAUUUGUUGAAUUAUGAAUGCUUAUCAAAAAGCUAACUCAAAAUUAUAUUUAAGUGUUAGAAACCGUCUAACGAGAAUAUUUCAACCAAUCAACAUUGUACCAAAGGAUGCAAAACGUAAAAAUCAAGAAAUUCUAUCGAGAAGUCAACGCCUUAUGUUAGAAUUGGGAAUUAUAAGACAAGCAAAUCCUGGCAGUUUUCAUUUUUUACCUUUAGGCGUUCGUGCAUUAGAUAAAUUACUCCAUAUAGUCGAUGAAGAAAUGCUUAAAAUCGGCGCACAGAAAGUAAUUUUUCCAACGCUUACACAUUCCAAACUCUGGAAAUCUACAGGUCGGUUGGAGGAUUUUGGGUCGGAACUCUUUACAUUAACAGACAGACAUAAUCAGAUGUACAUCUUAAGCCCAACCCACGAAGAGGCAGUAAGUGAUUUGAUUGCGUCCGUCUCACAGAUCUCUUAUAAAGAAUUCCCUUUAAAACUUUACCAAACAACUAAUAAAUAUAGAGACGAAAUUAAGCCAAGGUUUGGGUUGAUGCGUGGCAGGCAGUUUUUAAUGAAAGAUUUAUAUUCUUUUGAUAUUGAUCUGGAAAGUGCAAAACACACAUAUGAUGAAGUGUGCGAUUGUUAUAAUGCAAUUUUUACCAAAAUUGGAGUGCCGUUUCAUAAAGUAAUGGGCUCAGUUGGAGCUAUGGGAGGUUCACUUUCACAUGAGUACCAUUACAAAGCAGACAUAGGAGAAGAUCAGUUAAUGCGGUGUUCUGAUUGUGGAUUGCAUGCAAAUAUUGAUUUGGUAGGCCGUGAUAAAUGCUCGAAUUGUAAUAGUACAAAUGUCACCAUUUCUAAUGGAAUAGAGGUUGGGCAUACAUUCUUGUUAGGUGAUAAGUACUCCAAAGCUUUAAAGGCAAAUUAUCUUAAUGAGAAGAAGAAACCUAUUUCUUUGCAGAUGGGGAGUUAUGGGUUAGGAUUAAGUCGUAUUUUAGCUGCUGUUGUAGAAGUUCUCUCGCAGGAAGAAGAAAUGCGAUGGCCGCUGGCUUUAGCACCUUACACUGCUAUUAUAAUACCACCAAAAGAGGGAAGCAAAGAGGAAGAGGCAGGCUAUCACUUAACCGAAAGAGUUUGCAGUCUACUUGAAACAUUACCAUGUCUGGAAAACAACAUUUUGCUCGAUGAUCGUAUCCAUUUCACUAUUGGUAGGCGAAUAAUUGAUGCUCGGAGAGUUGGCUAUCCAUUUAUAAUAGUUAUUGGCUCCAAGUGUAUGGAGCAGAUGCCACUAUUUGAAUUAGUGGAUUUGCGGCGAAACACAUCUAUCAAUUUAAAUGAAGAGCAACUUUUAUUAUAUUUUAAAGAGAUGUUUAACAAUGUACAUGCGAGCUAAGUAAUUACAUUGUGCAUUGUUCCACUUGUAUCGAA